CGCCUCAUUUCUGAUACCAGCAGUAUUAAUCAUGAGGCACAUUUUCCCACCUUUUACAUUUCUUCCAAGACAGCCCCCUCAAACAACACUGUUGAGGUACCUUACGCAUUUUCACUUUUUUCCUCCACAAAAGGCAAUUGCCAAUCCCAUACUGGCACACAAGACGCCAGCUCAAACCCAUCUACGCAAACAAUCAAGUGGCUGGGACGAUACCAAUGAUCACAAGGCUCUGAGCAUGGUGAUUAGCGCUGUGAGAUCUAUGGUGACGGGUGAGCAUCACAGAUGAACUGCACGCCACACUGCAUGUGAUCAUGUGAUGCAACGCUAAGAUGCUUACCCAGCCUGAAAUUUGAGGCAGGCUGGAGGGCAGCUGGAGCGGGAGAGCUUGGUGUGGCCGCCACUUGUGAGAACACGCAAAUCACAUUGGUUCAAGACACGGCGGUUCGCGUUUGGGAAUAAAUAGCGGUAGAGUCUAUUGCAUAUUCCGGUUCCAACUGAAUAAGAGCGGCAUGUCUGCUGUGGGCAGGAAAUAUGGUGCGAUGGAUGUGAGGACCUACCCAUCCCGGCCUCACUUACAAGUUCGGCAGCCAUCUAGCUUUAUCUGUACGAACCACGAACACCACCACGGUUUGUACCCCGGAAGAUUAUGGCGGAACCCCCCUCUCCUCCUCCCCCCUUAUCGAGGUUCAGGCUAUUAAUCUUUCCAGGAACUCCUGAAGAUGAACGGCGUACCCCCCCGGCCAUGCAACCGGCCUUGAAGAACAAUAUCUACCGUACAAAUUCAACCUCAAGAUCACGUACUCGAAAAUUUUGGCGACUUAUUUGACCUCUUUAGGAUCUUACGAGACUCCUCUGGGGUGACAAAGUCUGAUAUCGCACGAACAAGAUCGCCACGAUUUUCCUCAUGGCCACAAUGCGCCUUAACAACUCUUUAGAUCUGGCCGCACGCCUAUGGCUCAUGUUCGGUUUUGGAAUGGAGAGGGAAGGUGGCUUUGCGUGGGAUGGAGAUAAGACACUGUACGAGGCUGUGAUGGCUAUCAUAUCGCCCUUGACGCCACAAGACCGAUACUUCAUCAAACUCGGCAACGCCCAUAGUCUUGACAACCCUCAACAGGAUCCUUCAAUAGCUAUUAAGAGGAUGGCCAAAUAUCUUGGAAUUCUUGAAAAACCCUCAUCGGAAAGUCAACCCGGCCAGCCAAAUGCGCGUGUCUUUGCAGACACCUUUUCCCCCCAGCACAUGAUGAGGCUCACGUCCUUCCACAUCUUUCGAAAAAAAACAAGCCAUCAAGCUACAUUUUUCAUCACGCAACUUGCUGAGACAAAUGUGGCUAUACGCACUGGGGGCCAGCACCCAUACCGGGAGCUUGCAGAGGAAACCCUCAAGACACUGGGCUUACUCAUGCCCGUCGAGAACCUCGACACAGCCUCGUGGUUCGAUGAACAGCGAGAUGGGGGAGGUGUGUCAAGGCAGGUUGACAGCUUUCGCAUCUGGCAGGCCCGACUCUUGACGCUUGAAGACACCUACAAUCGUGCGUCUCCCCAGACCAUCCUGGGUUUUUGGCGAGACCGACGGAACCUUCGCGAAUGGUGGACCUUUUGGAUCGCACUCCUUGGGCUUGUUCUUGUUUUGAUUGGCUUUCUCGUCGCCACAGGCUCGCUUGCGGUUGGUAUAGUCUCCGUGCUGGAGGCCAAGGAGGCUAACAGAUAUGUCAGCAUUGAAAGUGUUGAAAAUGAGAAAGCUGCCUCUUCGGAGUCUUCGGCAGGCUGUUGUUGUUUGGCCACGACGUUGGACACCAGUGUGUCAUUUGAUGUAUUGGGCACUUCUGACGAGGGUCUUGCUGUUGUUCAACCAACCGAUAUCUCCAAUCUCUUGAGACGCGCGUGGCCAACGAAGCAACUGGCCCAGCAUCCGCUACAAUAA